CAGUCAGCAGCAGCGUAUCCCCACGAAACUUGCUCCGUUGGCUCUCGCCGCGAUCAAUACUCGGGGACGGACAGCGUGCAGCGAUUGUUGUCUCGCGAGUACUGUGCAUACUUUCUCGUGGCGUCUCGAGUUCUUAAACGAGUCUUCCAUCUGAUAUGCAAUAUAUAUUAUUCGCAUGCAUAUUCAUUUUUUCAGUGCAAAAUACAUAUUUAUUUAGACGCUGUGUACAAAGUACUACCCUGUCUAAAUGCUGCGCCUUGCGAAGAGCAUUACUAUCAGGGAAAAUCUCGGGAAACUCGUCGAGAGAGUGAUUGUUGAAUUUUUUACUCUGUAGCGCGUUUAGACGCGCGAUAUUUUUGCAAGGACAAAGCGACGAAAAUGAAGAGACAGAAUGUCAGAACUUUGUCGUUAGUAGUGUGCACAUUUACGUAUCUACUUGUUGGCGCCGCAGUAUUUGACGCCCUUGAAUCGGACACUGAGAGAAAACGCUGCGAAUUUCUCACGGAGAUACGCAAUAAUUUUAUAAGGAAAUAUAAUAUGACGUCAGACGACUACAGAAUGGUUGAAAUUGUAAUAAUGGAAAACAAACCUCAUAAAGCGGGACCGCAGUGGAAAUUCGCGGGUGCCUUCUAUUUUGCCACUUUGGUAUUAGCCAUGAUUGGUUACGGGCAUUCCACUCCUGUGACCAAACCCGGAAAAGCGUUUUGUAUGGUAUACGCAAUGGUGGGAAUCCCUUUGGGAUUAGUCAUGUUCCAAAGCAUAGGCGAGCGAUUAAAUAAAUUUGCCUCAGUCGUGAUUAGACGAGCAAAAACAUAUCUCAGAUGUCAAAGAACCGAAGCUACAGAGAUGAAUCUCAUGCUAGCGACCGGUCUACUUUCGAGUAUAAUUAUUACGACAGGUGCUGCUGUGUUUUCGAGAUACGAGGGUUGGAGUUACUUUGAUAGUUUUUAUUACUGUUUUGUAACGCUCACGACUAUAGGUUUCGGUGAUUAUGUCGCUCUCCAGAAUGACAAAGCACUUUCCAAUAAACCUGGAUAUGUGAUUUUGAGUUUAGUCUUCAUCCUAUUUGGCUUGGCUAUAGUCGCUGCCAGUAUUAAUUUACUCGUAUUGCGUUUCAUGACAACGGAUUCCGGUGAGGCACAUCGCGACGACACCGAACUGCAAUCUGCUUCGCAUCACGUUUUGACGUUAGACGGCGAGGUUGUAGCGGUAAACGGAAAGCUUCUGGCCGGCCACGUGCCUAUCGUGCAUGACACGGACGAUUGCGUGAGCGUAUGCUCCUGCACUUGUUUAGGUCCAGCCAAUUCCGAGCUGCUGGAUCCUUCCGGGUAUCAAGGUUACCGACCACCCCCAACUUCUGCCAAUCUCCGGGUGAAACGCGCGUCCGUCUGAUGGAGAGAGUUUCGUCGUCGCAGUCUACGUCGCCGAUUUUCAAAGGCCGACGGCCGAGAGUUACUCGGUAUCGAUGUUUAAAAUUGCUGAUUCCCCGCACAAAACUCCUCGUAAUAAGAAAAUACCGCGCACUGUGAUACAUCCACGAAGAACGAUUUAUAAUAUUUCGUAUAAAGAUUUUCACGCUCUGUGCGUGGAAAGUAAAAUUAAAAAAAAGAAAAAAAGCAUUUGAUGUUUGAUACAUGUGAUCUGAUUGUUGAUUGUUGUUCGAAUCCUGGCUAAAGCCUACAAAGGGACAUUUGAAUAACGUAUUCCCGCUGUACUUCCUGCUGACGUUAUAUCGAUAUGUAUUUCUGAACAGGUUGAUGCAUUUUGAUAAUUAAUGUUGCUCAACUGUAUCGACUGUAUUUUUUUAUGUUGAGUAUACAUGUAUUAUAUGAAUGUUGUACAUACAUAUAACAUGUUACGCUUGAUUUGUCAAGUAAAUACGACGAGUGAUAUCGUAACAAUCGUUUCUGUCGGUAAAUAUCAAUACACAACAUUGAUUAUUCGAAUAUCCGAGUAUUUCUUGAAAAAAGUGUAGUAUCCAGUAAACCUCAGAAGGAGCAUGUGUAAACUAUCGAAUCGCGAAUUAUCGAGAAGACGAUGGUGCAUUUAUACAUAUAUCAUACUAGUCAAUGUUACAUUAGUAUAUAAAAUAUGUGCAUAUAUGCAAAGUGGAGAAGCAUAAAUUGCUUCGAUAAUAUAAAAGUUUUCACAUUAGAAAAUUAACAUUGUUUUUUAAUUACGCAAACCAAUUUUUUUGCAAUUAAAGUUUUAUUUUUAUAUUUAUUAUCUAUCUGAUAAAACUGUAUUCUGUUUUACAUGGAUCUUUAUGUUUGUCAAUUAGAAAAUAUUUUCAAAUAUACAAAAUAUAAAUUUGAAUUGACAUUUCGAGUGAGAAAAAUAGAGUUUUGCUGUUAAAUACAUUUGAGAAUGUUUAGUCUUACAGGCUCGUAUUACAUCGCAAAAACUAUAUGAAUAUAAACACGAUAGAAGACUAUUAUAGAUAUUACGAGACUCAAUAGUGUAAUAUUAUAUACAUAUUUCCAUAUUUAUAUUUAUAAAAAUCUUGCCUCAAGUGAAAUUCGACGUGAUCACUUGUAACCAAAUUAAAAGUAUAUAUGUAGAUACACAUAAAUGUAUCGUGACUCAUAUUUUUUUAAAACGUUUACAAAAUAAAAUAAAAAGCGCAAAAAAAUACCGGGAAAGACUGAUAGCUUAAAUUAAAUUCAGCGUAAUUGACACUUGUUUCAAUAAAAAUCUUUAAGUCUUUAUUGUUUAGUUGCGUCAAUAAUUUGAAGGUGAUUAUCAGAUUUUUUUAAAUAUUAUGUUAUUUGAAAUAAAAUGAUAAAAAAUUAAAUAACAAUAAAAAGUGAUUUAAUUCUUUCACGUUAGAUGAUUAACGUCGUCACUAACGUCAUUCUUAUUAUAUGUAUAACCAGAUUUUGUUUUGUAUAACCAAAUUUAUUUUAUUUUUACGUUUAUCAUUCAUAUGACAAAAUUCUGUUAACUAAACAUUUAAUUCUUACUGAAUAGUUAAAAGUGCAAUUUGCAUUUCAACAUUGUUUCUACUUAUAUUUUAUUUUCAAUAAUUCUUAAAAAAUCGUGAGAUCAAAUAUUCAUGAAUAAUUACACGAAGAAUUACAUUGAUAGAAUAUUUGAUUGCAAUACUUGUUUUAUUGUAUUUCUCAAUUCAUUAAUUAGAUGAAUUGUGAUCACUAUUAUUAUAUCGUUACAAUUAUGUAUGUACGCACAAGUUAUGUAAUAAUGUUUGAAAAUUUAUUAUUUUUUUAAAUUUAAGCUAAAAUAUAUCGAUGAAAUUCAAAAUUCUUUCCGGAACGCAAUUUUUUGUGCUGUACGUUUAAUGUAUAAAAGUACGCAAAAUUUAUACUUAAAAUAGACAAGCCACUUUAAAUGAUAUGAUAGGUCAUAUGUAUGUAUCUAUUGUAACAUGUUAUUAUAAUGUAUAUGUACGUAUAUCUCGCAUAGCUUACGCGAGUGUAAUUAUACUUUUUAACGAAAAUAAUCUUUUAAUAAUAACAGCGACAUGUGCCAUAGUAUUUAUUUCUUUAGAACUUUAUGUAAUCCUAUUAUAUUUGUAGUAUCUAAAUAAACUUUUUAAAAAACGAGGAA